UGUAUUCAAACUCAUGCACAAAAUCACAGUGCAUGUACCGCUAUAAAAAGACUCAACACUUUUCACACUUGUUCGUCCCAAACCAAGUAACACAUAUACACCAUCAUCAGAAUCAUGGCUUCAAUAUCUCCUCUCUCUUUUGUGUCCAGUGUGAACGCCUCAGCCACCAAGACCUCCUCCUCUUCUUUGUUCCCUAAAGGCCGGCAGAGCCACGUGGCAGCCACGAAGGUGUCUUGCAAUGCCUCGAACGAAGAGGCAUCAAACGGCAUUGCCCAUGGGAACAGGAGAGAUGUUCUUAUUGGUCUUGGAGGGCUGGCCGGUGCCGCAGGCUUUGCCUACAACCCUUUCGCCUUUGCGGCACCGGUUGCACCGGAUCUCCAAGCCUGUGGGCUACCAACCCUACCGGCGGGAGCCAAACCCGUCAAGUGUUGCCCUCCUGCUUCCACAAAGAUCAUAGAUUUUGAGUUCCCAAAAAACCAACCCUUAAGGGUUCGGAAACCGGCUCAUAAGGUUACCGGUGACGAUCUGGUCAAGUACAAGGAAGCCAUAAAGGCCAUGAGAGAGCUUCCAGACGAUGACCCUCGCAGCUUCACCCAACAAGCCGCCAUUCAUUGCGCUUACUGCCACAACUCGUAUCACCAAGUUGGCUUCCCUGACAAGGAUCUCCAGGUCCAUUACUCGUGGAUUUUCCUUCCUUUUCACCGUUGGUACCUUUACUUCUACGAGAGGAUCUUGGGAAGCUUGAUCAACGAUCCAACCUUUGCAUUGCCCUUCUGGAACUGGGAUCACCCUGACGGCAUGGAAAUUCCUUCCAUUUUCACUGACAGAAGAUCAUCGCUCUAUGACCCACUCAGAAACGCAAACCAUCAACCGCCGGUUCUCGUCGAUCUCAGUUGGAACAGGAACGGUCCUGACACCAGCGGUGACGUCGACGCUAACCUCAGUUUGAUGUACACAAACUUCGUCGAAGUGAAGGCGCCGUUGAACUUCUUCGGCAAUGCUUUCCGUGCCGGCGACACGCCUUACACCGUGAAAACCGGUGCCGGAACUUGCGAGAGCGUGCACAACACGCUCCACACUUGGAGUGGGGAUAGAACCCAGCCAAACGGGGAGGACAUGGGGUCCCUCUACUCUGCUGGUAGGGAUCCUCUCUUCUACUGUCACCAUUCCAAUGUCGAUAGAAUGUGGAAUCUGUGGAAAUCCUUCGGUAACAAAGACAUCACCGACCCUGACUUUCUGGAAUCAAAUUUUCUGUUCUAUGAUGAGAAUAAGAACUUGGUGCGCGUGAAGACCAAAGAUUGCCUCGACUCCGUGAAGCUUGGGUAUGAUUUCGAGAAGGUUCCCAUUCCGUGGGCGAAAACGAAGCCGAAAGCGCGUAGGACGAAAGCUGAGAGGGCGCAGAAGCCGUUGACGACGAAGAGCGUUGACUUGCCGUUGACUCUGGAGGAGAAUAAGCUUGUGAGCACGGUGGUGAAGAGGCCAAGGAGAUCCAGGAGCAGGAAGGAGAAGGAUGAGAGAGAGGAGACUCUGGUUUUGGAGAUUGAGUUUGAUCGGAGGAAGCCUAUAAAGUUCGAUGUGUUGCUGAACGAAGAAGAGGAUGCGCAGUUUGCGACGCCAAAGAACAGAGAGUUUGCUGGAAGCUUCGUGAAUGUGUCGCACACUCAGAAAUCGAGUGCCCUGAAAACUGAGCUGGCAUUCAAGAUCGGGAUCACGGAGAAGCUGAUCGAUUUGGAAGCUGAUGAUGAUGACAGCGUUGUCGUCACUUUGGUUCCCCAAUAUGGUGACGGUGUCAUUGUUAAGGGCAUCAAGAUCGACUAUGAAGAUUGCUGAGCAACUUCAUCCUUUCCGGUCGUACAAUAAUAAUUCCGUGGCUUUAAUUAUCACUUAUAUAUGUUUAAUGUACUGAGAUCGAUGCUUUAUUUCUCACUACUAUGGAUUCGAGUCAUGUGUUGUUUCGUUUCAA